GGGCGGGCGGAUGUUGAUGCCGGGAGGGAGCGAUGGCGGCGGCGGCGGCGGCGGGGCCCGGCGGGGCUGGAGAGCGGCAGCGGCGGGUGCAGGAGCUGAGCGCGGCUCUGCGCGCCCGCCUGGGGCCCUACGAACCGCUGCUGAGCGCCGUGCAGGCCGCGCUGGUCUGGGAGAGACCGGGCCGCAGUGCGCUGUGGUGGGCGCUGGUUCACGGCCUCUUCUGGUUUUUUGCUCUGACUUCUCUUCGCUUGGUGUUCCUGGUUGCCUUUACUCUUAUAGUAGUGGUUUGUCUAGAUCAGUGGAAGAACAAAAUCUGGCCUGAAAUUGCAGUGGCAAGACCUGACGAAUUAGACAAUGAGAGCUGGGGAUAUGUUCACCCACGGCUGCUCGGAGUGCCAGAGCUCUGUCAUCAUCUGGCUGAAGGCUGGGUGGCUGGGAGCAGCUUCUUGAGUAACCUCUUCAUUUUCAAGAGGCAGAACCCUGGAAAGUUUUGCCUUCUAGCAUGUGGAGUUUUGACCUUCCUGGCAGUCCUGGGCAGGUACAUCCCUGGGCUCCUGCUCUCCUACCUGCUGUUGCUCCUCCUCCUGCUGUGGCCCCUGGCUGUGUACCACAGGCUGGGGCACCGCAUGUACACGAAGCUGGAGCCAGCUCUGCAGCGGCUGGAGUUCAGUGUCCCAGGAUACAUGGUGGGAAAGCAGCGGGAGAAGCAACUGCGUUGUCGAUCCCUUGACCAGGAGGCUGCAGGUGAGGGGAGUGACAGUGAGGAGGAGCUGGCUGCCUUCUGCCCCAAGCUGGAUGACUCCGUGGUGGCGAAGGAACUCACCAUCUCUGACUCAGAGCAUUCAGAUGCUGAGGUUUCCUACACUGAAAAUGGGAUGUUCAACCUCUCCCGGGGCCAGACUCCCCUGACAGAGGGGUCAGAAGACCUGGAUGGUCACAGUGACCCAGAAGAAUCUUUUGCCAGGGAUCUCCCUGACUUCCCUUCCAUAAACCCAGAAGCAACUGGCAUGGAUGAUGAGGAUGACACCAGCAUUGGGAUCCCGAGCCUGGCGUACCGCACGCAGGGGAUGGAAGAGCUGCAUCUGCCCUACGACCAGGAGGAGCUGGGGGUGCUGCCCUCAGUACAGAACCUGACUGAAAACAUCACUGGGUUUGUCACCAGGGGGAUGAUAGAGCUGGCACUGUCUGGAGCCCCCCAGCCAGGCUCCUCACGCAGCACCCGUCCCCUGAGGGGGGCACAGACUUACCUCAGAACAGCCAGCUCUGACCUGGACACUGAUGCAGAAGGAGAUGACUUUGAACUGCUGGAUCAAUCUGAGCUCAACCAGCUGGAUCCUGGAGGUUCCCGGGGCCACUAAACAAUCCCACCACCUCCCCCUUGGUUUUCUGUGGCACGUCCUGGAGGGGAAUCCUGGAAGGAGAAGCCUUGCACAGUUACCUGGGUCAUCUCCUGUGUGGGUGUGAGUGACGUGACAGCCAGUCCUGGCUGGGGACACCACUGUGACCUGUGACUCUGUAGCCUUGCUUGGAUUUUAAAAUAAAUGACACUGUAAUUCAUAGGGAA